UUGAAGCAGUUAAAGGCCGUAGCACGUGAAAAGGAGCGGAAGAUGGCAGAAAAACUAAAAAGAAAAGAAGAGCGUAAGCGAGCGAAACUGAAUCGGCGUCUUAAAGAACGAAAUCACACAAAAUCUAUUGGAAAACGUGGCCCAGCAGCCUACAGAAAAUUCCAAAUGAUCCGUCGCAACGAAUACACCAAGCGAGCCAAACAAAUGCUUGCACUGUUCGAUACGACAGCAGGUGCGCAGAGUAUCUUGGAAAACUCACGAGACUUGAGACGUGGAAAGCGUAUGUUCGUUGCUCCGGACGUUGAAGGUCUCGUUGCUACUGAGUUUAUCAAACAAGAUGAUGUGAUUAUGGAAUAUGUUGGUCAUGUUUGUCUUCCCGAUGAGUGUCCGGGAAGGUUACAGCGUGGCGCUUUGCAACCUUACUGUGUGUUGUACAACGGACUCGGUCAAAAUCUGCUUUGCAUCGACGCAAGACGCCAGGGAAGCGACGCACGAUUUGCGCGCAGGUUUGCAUGUUUUAUUUUUGCCAUUGAUUUUGUGCUGUCACCAGAAAUAUGUCAUGUCGGCUCCUUUUCCUCUCCAAAAGUAUGUCCUGUUGGAGGCGAGGCAUUUCGGUUUACGGCAAACAUGAUGUGUUUUUCAGAUGUUGCCGAUCAAACUCAA